CCUCCCUUUAAAGUCAUCGUCGCCAUGGUCUCUUCCGCCACCAAUGGUACCUCCACUUCCCUCGACUACGGCCUUCCCCGCCCCAAGGAUGUCGGUGUCCUUGCCAUGGAAGUUUACUUCCCCUACCGCUGCAUCUCUGAGGCCGACCUCGAGGUUUUCGAUGGAGUCGCAGCUGGCAAGUACACUAUCGGUCUCGGUCAGGAGUACAUGGCCUGCUGCGACGACCGUGAGGAUAUCAACUCGUUCUCUCUGAACGCCGUUUCUGGCCUCCUCGAGCGCUACAACAUCGACCCCAAGUCCAUUGGUCGCAUUGAUGUCGGUACGGAGACUAUCAUCGACAAGUCCAAGUCCGUCAAGACCACCCUCAUGGACCUCUUCGCUGAGGCGGGCAACUUCGAUAUCGAGGGUAUUGACUCCAAGAAUGCUUGCUAUGGUUCCACCGCCGCCCUCUUCAAUGCCGUCAACUGGAUCGAGUCUUCCUCCUGGGACGGCCGGAACGCCAUCGUCGUCGGUGGUGACAUUGCCAUCUACGCCGAGGGUGCAGCUCGUCCCGCCGGUGGUGCUGGUGCGGUCGCCCUCCUCAUUGGCCCCAAUGCACCUGUGGUCGUUGACCCCAUUCACGGCAACCACAUGACGAACACCUAUGACUUUUACAAGCCCCGUCUUGACUCGGAAUACCCCGAGGUCGAUGGCCCUGUCUCCGUUACCACUUACAUCUCCGCCCUCGACGCCGCCUACUCACGCUACCGCGAGAAGGUCGCCAGGGCCAAGAAGGCCCACGCUAACGGUACCAACGGCCACGCCAACGGCGCCGACCCCAAGGCUGGCUUCUCUCUCGACGAUAUCGACUAUGCCGUCUUCCACAGCCCAUACGGCAAACAGGUCCAGAAGGCCUUCGGCCGUCUCUUCUGGAAUGACUUCGUGACCUCCCCCGAGGCACCCCAGUUCGCCAACGUCGCCUCACCCGAGACCGUCCUCGCCACCCCCUACAAGUCCACGAUCACCGACAAGAACCUCGAGAAGACGUUCAUCGGUCUCUCCAAGGCUACGUACGCCAAGAAGGUGGACCCUUCGAUGGCUUGCUCGAAACGCCUCGGUAACAUGUACACCGGCUCGCUUUACGGCUGCCUUGCCUCGCUGCUCAGCACUGUCGAGCCCCAGCAGCUCCUUGGCAAGCGUCUGAGCAUGUUUGCGUUCGGCUCUGGCUGCGCUGCCAGCUUCUUCACGCUCCGUGUCGUUGGCGACACGUCCGAGAUCUGCGAGAAGAUGGACCUCAUCAAGCGUCUCGAGAGCAUGAAGGUUGUCCCUUGCCAGGAGUACGUUGACGCGCUACUCCUCCGUGAGAAGAACCACAACGCCGUCAACUACACUCCUGACGGUUCCAUCGAACACAUCUGGCCAGGCACGUUCUACCUCGAGAGCGUGGACAGCAAGUUCCGCCGGAAGUACGCCCGCGCCCCCGUCGCAUAAACAAACAUCACGGUUACCCUUGUACUCUACAUUUCGGCAUUGCUUAUAUUCUCUCACAUCGCGGAUUAGGGCGGAAGGUGCUGUUGUUUAACUUUCCUCUGCAGGUUGUUUGUAUCGAUUCAUUAGACGCAUGUUACCACACUUUUCGCGUUCUGGAGUAAUUUCCUUAUUUACCCCACCCCACCAAUAGUUAUUUAGACGCAUAUAGUGAUGCUGAUGCGAUAAUACACUUUGCUCUCAAGCUUUGCUAACCCUUC